UGAGGAAAUACAAGAUAAAGUUGGGCAACCUUGCUCGUUUAAAACUAAGUUAAUUGUCUCAUAUUAUAUUUAAAUCAUAUAUUUAUAAUUGUCUUUGGGAAAAGUCGUGAAAAUAUUUGGAAAACAGGAGCGACAUGUGCCUUUUAGUGUGACGUCAUUGUCCAAGCCUUGUCGUCGGGUUUCACUCAUUCAUAUUCAAAAAGUUAAAGUAUCGUAAAAGCUAGCUAACAUUAGCUGAAAAAAAGAGCUCGGACAGACUUUCUUUUAGGGAUGUUAAAGUAACGUUAGCCUUCAAACUUCAAACUUUAGCUAGCAUGCCUCUCAAAGGAUGCUAACAACAAACCCCAAACAACAACAAUGAAGCCUGAAAACAUGAAGGAAGAGGAUAUAUAUAAUCACAGAGGUGCUGUUAGGAUGUGAUGGACGAAAAGACAAGACUGUCCCCUUCACAUGGACGAGGUUGUGUGAAAGAGUCAGCCUGUUUCCCCUGGUCUAAUGAUGCAUCAGCUGAUUUCUGGCACAGCACGCCAGUUAAACAGAAUAAUGGUGGUGCUUCAAGGGAUGCUGGACGACCCUCUGAUUUAAGCAGCAUUAAGAUGGACCCCACAACAAAACAGUGGGGUAAAACUACACCUCCCACCCACGCAGACAUCCUCAGCCACCGCAGUUUACAGGAGGCAGAGUUUCCAGGGAGCGACCUGAGCAGCUCAACCAUCCAGAGGCAGAGGAGGGAGCUGCAGCUGCUGAUGGCUGAGCUGAAGGACCGGGACAGGGAGCUGAACACCAUGGCGGCCUCCCAUCGGAAGCAGCUUCACGCCUGGGAACAAGACCGCCAGAGGGUGCUGGCUUUGGAGCAAAGGUGUGCACGCCUGGACGACGAGUUGCAGAAGCGUAACGAGGUGAUCAGAGUUCUGACUAAACGAGUGUGGGUGGUGGAAACGGGCGAGGAGGAGGUCCAGAAGGAGCUCAGGGCGGCCCGACAGCAGCUGCUUGAGCUGGAACAGAAAGAGCAGCACGUCAGCCAGAGAUGUGAAGACUUUGAGGAGAAGAACCAGAGUCUGAACUCCUCCGUCAUGUCUCUGUCCUCUCAGCUCGGCUCUCUGCAGGUCAGAGAGGAAGAGCUGAGCUCUAUGCUCAAACUCAAGGACAAAGAUGUUUCCGAGGCGUCGGGUCAGAUCGUGGAGCUCACAGGGCGACUCAGAGACCUGGAGACGUCGCUGACAGAGAGUCGCUCACGUGAGAACAAAGUGCUGAGAGACUCAGAGGAGAACAAACGCCGCUACAGGGAGACUCGACAUGAGAACACACACCUUAAAGAGGAGCUGCAGCAGCAGGUGACACAGAGCAGCACUCAGAGGGAGGAGAUGAUCCGACUCAAACAGGAGCUCCAGCUGCUCCGCCGAGACCUGGCUCUGUCAGGAGAGGGAGACAGCUGGAGAGACGAGCUGCUGGAGCUCUCUCGCUCCAAACAGGAACGCACCAUGUCUGAGCUGCGCUGCCUCCGUCAGGUGUGUGAGAAUCAGAGGAAUGAUCUGCAGCUCCUCCAGUUGAACCUGGAGAGUGCCCGAGAAACCCUGAGGGAGAAGACCGGUCAGGCCGUACCUGCAAGUCAGGAGGAGUUCGGAUGCAGUUGUGUGGAGAACUCGCCAUCACUCAGAGGGAGGAGCUUCAGACUUUCACACGACGGAGCCAAUCAGCCCGCAGCAAACCAGCAGAGAACAGCCAACAUCGACCAGAGAGUCUUCUCAGCACGCUGGAUGGAUGGUGAUGAUCCUCUCUCCAGCCGCUCUCUGCAGCAGCUCUUAGAUGAAUCCAGGCAGGUCAUCCAGGCCAGUUCAGAGCGUACCACCACUGACCCCCUUUACUCCCCUCAUCACCAUCACCAUCAAACCUCCCCUACACACAAGGUCGGAGACACUCCACCCAAAUCCUGCCCUCGACACACUGCCGGCAGAGACAUGUGGAGGAGCUGACACAGACUUAAACAAAAUCUAUAUCAGUAUUUACAAAGUUUUAAAAUCUGUGUCAUUACAGAAAGUGUACCUCUGCUCUCUCUCUCUCAGGGAAACAUCAAGUGUUAAAAAUACAGACUGAUAUGAAUUUGUCAUUUUUGUAACCCUUAAAAUCUUUCUUAUAAAUCUGCCUCCAUGUUAUUUU